CCACCACACACACCCUCCCAAUCCCCCACAAGCAAAGAAAUCAUGUCGGACACCGAGGGCAGCGGUAAGAAGAGCGGUUAUCGCCUGGAAUACGCGUCCUCUGCACGCGCCAAGUGUAAAGGUCCCAAGCCUUGUGCUGGCAACACUAUUGGCAAGGGUGAGCUACGUCUAGGCUCUAUCGUCGAUUUCCGCGGAAACACGUCUUUCGCGUGGCGUCACUGGGGAUGUACGACGACCAAGAUUAUUAGCAACAUGAAAAACAGCUUCGAGUCGGCUGAUGAGCUCGAUGGCUACGAAGACUUAAAGGACGAGGACCAGGAACGGAUCCGCAAAGCCUGGGAUGACGGCAAGGUUGCCGACGAAGACAUUCCCGAGACCGCUAGGAAGCCCGACAAUGGCGAGGAGGAGGAGGAGGAAGAGGAGAAGCCCAAGAAGAAACGCGCGCCCAGGAAAAAGAAGGACGAGGACGAGGAUGACGAGAAGCCCAAGAAACCCGCUGCUCGCAAGCCUCGUGCUAAAAAAGCUGCUGCUGCUGUUUCUGAUGCUGAGGCCGUUACUGAGGACGAAAAGCCCAAGAAGCGUUCCGCGGCGAAGAAGCCCGCCGCUAAGAAGGAGAAAGCUCCCGUUAAGAAACGCGCCCCUAAGAAGAAGAAGGCUGAUUCUGAGGAGUCUGGAGAAGACUUCGGCGAUGAGCUUGUCGGUGUCGAAGACGAUGAGGAGGUAGAGGCCCAUCUGACCGAGGAGGAGGAGACGGGUAAGAAGCGCAAGCGGCCCGCCUCGAAGCCCAAGCCCAAGCCCAAGGUUUCCAAGCCGCCUUCAUCUCGGGCAAAGAAAUCAAGAGUCGUCGAAGUUGAGGAGGACUACGACGAGUAAUUCAUCUUUCCUAGACCAAAGAUUCUGCCUUGAUACAUCCCGCUCUUGCCUCAAAUUUGUCGUCCUCGUUCUGUCUCACAUUGUGAUCACCAAGCCCUUGUUAUCGUUACCCGUCAUUUACUGUGUCUAGCCUAAAUUUGCAGUGAUUUGUAGAUUGUAUUCCCGUUGGACUGAGCUAGUAUGUUACCAAUGUCAUAUAGUGUCUGUCGUCACUCCGUGCAUCCUUCUGGGAGUCGAGAU